AUGCGCGCGCGUGGACCAAGGCGCGCGCGUGGACCAAGGCGCGCGCGUGGACCAAUGCGCGCGCGUGGACCAAGGCGCGCGCGUGGACAGGCGCGCGCGUGGACCAAGGCGCGCGCGUGGACCAAGGAGCGCGUGGACCAAGGCGCGCGCGUGGACCAAGGCGCGCGCGUGGACCAAGGCGCGCGCGUGGACCAAGGCGCGCGCGUGGACCAAGGCGCGCGCGUGGACCAAGCGCGCGCGUGGACCAAGGCGCGCGCGUGGACCAAGGCGCGCGCGUGGACCAAGGCGCGCGCGUGGACCAAGGCGCGCGCGUGGACCAAGGCGCGCGCGUGGACCAAGGCGCGCGCGUGGACCAAGGCGCGCGCGUGGACCAAGGCGCGCGCGUGGACCAUUGCGCGCGCGUGGACCAAGGCGCGCGCGUGGACCAAGGCGCGCGCGUGGACCAAGGCGCGCGCGUGGACCAAGGAGCGCGCGUGGACCAAGGCGCGCGCGUGGACCAAGGCGCGCGCGUGGACCAAGGCGCGCGCGUGGACCAAGGCGCGCGCGUGGACCAAGGCGCGCGCGUGGACCAAGGCGCGCGCGUGGACCAUUGCGCGCGCGUGGACCAAGGCGCGCGCGUGGACCAAGGCGCGCGCGUGGACCAAGGCGCGCGCGUGGACCAAGGCGCGCGCGUGGACCAAGGCGUGCGCGUGGACCAAGGCGCGCGCGUGGACCAAGGCGCGCGCGUGGACCAAGUCGCGCGCGUGGACCAAGGCGCGCGCGUGGACCAAGGCGCGCGCGUGGACCAAGGCGCGCGCGUGGACCAAGGCGCGCGCGUGGACCAAUGCGCGCGCGUGGACCAAGGCGCGCGCGUGGAUCAAGGCGCGCGCGUGGACCAAGGCGCGCGCGUGGACCAAGGAGCGCGCGUGGACCAAGUCGCGCGCGUGGACCAAGGCGCGCGCGUGGACCAAGGCGCGCGCGUGGACCAAGGCGCGCGCGUGGACCAAGGCGCGCGCGUGGACCAAUGCGCGCGCGUGGACCAAGGCGCCCGCGUGGACCAAGGCGCGCGCGUGGACCAAGGCGCGCGCGUGGACCAAGGAGCGCGCGUGGACCAAGUCGCGCGCGUGGACCAAGGCGCGCGCGUGGACCAAGGCGCGCGCGUGGACCAAGGCGCGCGCGUGGACCAAGGCGUGCGCGUGGACCAAGUCGCGCGCGUGGACCAAGGCGCGCGCGUGGACCAAGGCGCGCGCGUGGACCAAGGCGCGCGCGUGGACCAAGGUGCGCGCGUGGACCAAUGCGCGCGCGUGGACCAAGGCGCGCGCAUACAAAAGGGGCGGGGGAAGAGGACGUGCGGAUGUGGGCGGCUCUCUUGCCAUUCCUCCUCUCAAUCACAGCACGAUGGAAGCAGUCCAGGACUCAGCAGAAUAA